UUCUCUGUGGCUUUUCCAAUUUCUUAAUUCUUCAUUCCAACAACCACCAAGUCGACAACCCACGAUCUUUCGGUCAUCGCCCAAAUCGACAACAAUGGCUGCCAGCACUACCGUCCCGACCAAGGACCAGGUCCUCGUCCCUGAGACCCUCCUCAAGAAGCGCAAGAGCCAGGAGAAGGCUCGCGCUGAGCGAACCGCCGAGAUCGAGAAGCGCAAGAAGAUCAACAAGGAGAAGCGCGCCGUCAUCUUCAAGCGUGCUGAGAAGUACGUCAAGGAGUACCGCGAUGCCGAGCGUGAGAAGGUCCGCCUCAACCGUCUCGCCAAGCAGGAGGGCAGCUUCCACGUCCCUGCUGAGGAGAAGUUGAUCUUCGUUAUCCGAAUCAAGGGUAUCAACAAGAUUGCCCCCAAGCCCCGCAAGAUUCUCCAGCUACUCCGUCUUCUUCAGAUCAACAACGGUAUCUUCGUCCGUGUCACCAAGGCUACCGCUGAGAUGAUCAAGAUCGUCGAGCCGUGGGUUGCCUACGGUUACCCCAACCUGAAGAGUGUCAAGGAGCUCAUCUACAAGCGCGGAUACGGCAAGAUUGACAAGCAGCGCAUUCCCUUGACUGACAACGCCAUUAUUGAGGAGAACCUUGGCAAGUACGGCAUUGUCUGUAUUGAGGAUCUGGUCCACGAGAUCUACACUGUUGGCCCCAACUUCAAGCAGGCCUCCAACUUCCUGUGGCCCUUCAAGCUCAGCAACCCCAACGGCGGUUUCCGAACCCGCAAGUUCAAGCACUUCAUCGAGGGUGGUGACUUGGGUAACCGAGAGGACAAGAUCAACGCCCUGAUCCGACAAAUGAACUAAGUUAAGGGUUAAGGGUUUAUGGGUCUGGUUUUACGGGGGUUUGCUUUUGAGCAUGGGUCACGGCGUUCAUAAAAGCUUCGGAUGCUGGCAAUGAAUUGAGAUAUUGAUGAUCAUGGCAACCCCAUAUUUCGCGUUUCUUCUACUCUGGUGACGUUUUAUAUGCGCCUCACUCUGCCUUUCGUGUAGUGAAUGAUGUCGUGCCCAUUAGCUUGACUCUACGAAG